UGCCAAUUAAUGACUUCCGCCGGAACGCUUCUGGUUGAACUUAAGCGCUGAUUUAACUCUGGCAUCAGCGACAAAUACAUCUCGGCUCAGCCAUGUCUGAUGAAUUUGUGUUGUAAAACCUGCACCAAUAUUGCAAAUCACUACGGAAUCGCAUUGAAGAAACCCAGUUGAUAGACGUAUAUGUAUUUUUUUUAAGGAAGCUGGAUCGCUAACAAUGACUGUUACGUUAGCAACAAGCUAGCUAACGUUAUCUAUAUCCACAAGUACGUGUAGUCAACGUUUUACAAGGUUGGGUGUCACAACAGUAUGGUUGGUGACGGUGUCAUUUACUAGCUACUGCCAACCAGAAAAUCUAGCUAGCUUAAUCUGUCGCGCAACCCGAACCGUUUUUUCCGAGAACUACGACAACGCUGCCCUGCCCAUCCAGGCAGUCAGUGGUAACAAAACAAGAGAUUGGAGCGAUGACGGCAACAUCAUGUCUGAGAGAUAUCCUUUAGUCGAGAAAGCCCUCUCGGAGGGCUAUGCUCGGUUUAGGUUCAAGGACACGUCGCUGCUAAUUUGGCAACAGCAGCAAAUGGAGCUGAAACAGGGACCACCGAGUAACUACCUCAGUCGGAGUCAAAGUACGUGGUACAGUCAGUAUGGAAACCAGGCAGUCGUGGUACGGGACAAACGAACUGUCACAGUGGAUCCAACUGCUGACACUGGAAGUUCCAGAAUAUGUUUGAUUAUGUGACAGUUAUAGUGACACAUUUAUUCAUAUGCCCUACGCUUCCAUAUUUGUAAACGGUUUGUGAAAAAAUAUAUGGUGCAGACUGAAGUUGAUUAUUUGUGUCCUGAAAGACGUUUGCCAGGAACAUGUCAUGACCAUUCACUGGCCGACUAUGUGCUGCUCAAAGCAAAGUAAGCCUGUGUAUGUACAUUGGGGUAUGGCAGUGUUAGCUAAGGCUUACAUUGGGGCGGCAGAUAUCCUAGUGGUUAGGGCGUUGGACGUGUAACCGAAAGGAAUCCCUGAGCUGACAAGGUAAAAAUGUCGUUCUGCCCCUGAACAAGGCAGUUAACUCACUGUUCCUAGGCCGUCAUUGAAAAUAAGAAUUUGUUUUUAACUGACUUGCCUAGUUAAAGGUAAAAAAUAAAAUAUCAUUUAUUAUAGCAUUUUUCCAUUUCAAUGCAGUAUUGUCAAUAUAUGUGCUUGUCUCUCAAAAACACUUGUAACAAGACAAUUGUUGCAACAGCAAGUGGAGGUUGAUUAUGUGUAUUGUCCUGUGAAAUAGAAGUCUGCACUUUCAAUUCAAUUUCUGUCUGUUACAUACUAGAGGUCGACCGAUUAUGAUUUUUCAACGCUGAUACCGAUUAUUGGAGGGCCAAAAAAAGGCUGAUUAAUAUUUUUUUUACAAUGUUUUAUUUUUUUUUGUGUUUAUUUAUUUAUAAUAAUGACAAUUACAACAAUACUGAAUGAACACUUAUUUUAACUUAAUAUAAUACAUCAAAAUCUAUUUAGCCUCAAAUAAAUAAUGCA